UCGGCAACUCGACACGAACAAGAUUUCCCCUGCAACAAAAACCUUUUCCAUAUCAGCACCAUCCUGAAACUUCCCUUUUGACCAAGAAAGAAAUGAGCUCGCACUUGAACACACCGAUAACGGCAAAUCUUAUCGAUGCCGGCAGUCGGCAGCUGCACUAUGACGAAUCUCCGCCUGCGCAGUCACAGUACAGCCACAGCGGCUACCGCAAUCGCCUCGACUCGGGAGCCGAUACAUCGCUCGACAGCAGCAAGCCGUAUGGCAAUGCACCGGCAGGCAGGGAUCCCUACGCACAGGACACCUCCCUGCCGCAAUAUUCUGACAGGAACCAUUCCCUGGUCGCAACGGCGGCCGGACCCAACCCCUACGCGCAAGACAGCUACCAGUCCAUGGCUCAGUCCCAGCAGCCGUACCAUUCCGACCAGCAUCCCGUGGGCCGCCAGUCGUACCUGAACCCGCUGCCGUCGCAAAUGCCCAAAGGCCAGCGCCCCGACUACCACGACCCAGAGCGCAUUCCCGGGCUGCCCCCGCUGUCGUCCCUGAGUGGACCUGUGGACCACUACGACCAUGUGCCCGCAGGUCCCCAGGCGGUAGGGAACCUGGGACGCGAGGUCACGACUGUCGAGUGCCCGUGGUGCCACUAUGUCGUCGAGACAAACGUCAAGCGGUCGAUUGGCGUGAAGGCGGGAGGCGCAGCAUUGAUCACAGCUGCCAUCGCGUGGCCGCUGUUCUGGGUGCCGCUGGUUGUGCCAGGCCUCCAGCGUAAAACACACUAUUGCCCGCAGUGCAAGCGCAAGAUUGGGCGGGGACAUCGGAGGUAGACGGUACAGCCCCUCCCUCCACGGUCCACUAUUGAACGCUGGGCUGGACAAACAGUGUCUGUUGUGUAUUGUAUGAGGACCAAGAAAUAAAAAAUUUAA